UGGACAACAUGAAGGUGGCAAAUCACCAGCUACUGGACAAGGAGAAACAUCAAAAACAAGAGACAAGGAUGGUGAUGAACCAAUGGAUGAAGCAGCUGGUUCACCGCAUGAUGGUGACCAUACUUACGUUGUUGUGGAUGAUGAAAAAGCUCAGGAUGGUGAAAACCCUGAGCCCCAAGAUCGCCUAGCAAAUGCGCUUUCCUAUAUGAAAGGUAUGGGUUUUGACGAUGAAGGUGGAUGGCUCACUCAAUUACUGAAGGCCAAAGAUUUUGAUAUCAAUAAAGUCCUUGAUGCCAUUCAACACCCAGAAAAGAAAGCAUAACUGAUGAGCUGAUGGAACUUUUUAUUUCAAAAUUAUUUCCAAAGUUAGUGGGUACAGUGCUAGAUUUUUAGUAUUAAUGUAUAAUAAAUAAUAUUCAAGCAAUGUUUGAAACAAAUAUUGAUAUUGGUAGCAGCAGAUGUUGGAUAGAAGAAAAUAUGUUGGUGCCAUAAUUAUAUGGUGCUGGUAAAAUGGGAAUUCUAGUCUGAUUGCAGAGGUUUAAAAUAAGCAAAACACUUCUUUAACGUUUCGACCUAGGGCCUUCCUCAGGAGAGUUUAUAGAACGUUCUUACACAAACUCUCAUGACAAAGACCUUUAGAUUGAAACGUCAAAAAAGUUUUUGUUUUAGGCAGUCGUUAUACCACAUUUAAUGCUAGUUGUACCUGCAACAUACCGAACAUAGGUGAUGUUCUAGUAGCCUACAACUAGUGUACAUCCGCCAGCUUUUUAAUAAUCGUGGAUUACAAUGCGUAUUUAGGAUAUCUCAUCAUCGUAAUGCUUGCUGCAUGUAUAUGUAAUCAGUGUGUUGCAAAAAAAUUUAAAAAUGUAGAAAAAAACAUAAUUAUAAUUUGUAUUAUUUGGAGAAUUAUAUAAAUAUAUUUG